UUGAUCUGGGGAGUGGUGUAUUCUCUAUGGAAAUUCUACACCAAAAAGAUUAUACAUUUGGCAAUUUAUUUUAGUUGAGGUUGUGAUAAUUAUUAUAUAAUCGGUGAAAAUGUUAUCCAGAACAUCAUUCCUUGCAGGUAAGCAAGCUCGAUCGGUGUUUUUCGUAUCACGAGCUGUUUCAUCUUCAUGCCCAACUCCUGCAAGUGGAUCUGAUCCUAGUUCAGGCCAAAAAUGGGAAAGACCUGUUCGAGCUGAAGAAAGUGGAAAAGUUCGAUUAGGAUUUAUCCCAGAAGAAUGGUUCCAAGCUUUCUACAAUAAAACUGGUGUAACUGGACCAUAUGUAUUUGGAGGUGCACUCUCAACUUAUUUGAUCAGCAAAGAAAUUUACGUUUUGGAACACGAAUACUACACUGGAUUAUCAAUUCUUUUAAUGAUUAUUAUUGCAUCCAAAAAAUUGGGACCAUCAAUCUCUGCAUACCUUGACAAGGAAGUUGAUGCAAUCGAAAAAGAAUGGAAGGAUUCAAGAGAAUCAACAAUCAACGAUUACAAUAAGGCAAUUGCUGAUGAGAAAAAAGAACAGCAUUUUGCUGAGGGUCAAAAUUUACUCAUUGCAGCCAAACGUGAAAAUGUUGCUUUACAAUUGGAAGCUGCAUUCAGAGAACGAGCAAUGCACGUUUAUCAAGAGGUGAAACGGCGAUUAGACUACCAAGUUGAAACUCAAAAUAUUGAACGCAGAAUUAAUCAAAAGCAUAUGGUUCAAUGGAUUGUAAACAACGUUAUGAAGAGCAUUACACCCGAACAACAAGCAGCUACUUUACAAAGAUGUAUUGAUGAUUUGGGACAACUUGCCGUUACUGCUAAAAAGUAGACGCAUUUAAUCGAAAUCUACUUAUUCAUUUCCAAAUUGCAGAUUAGCAUAAACAUUUAGUAAAAAAAAAUUACUUCAACAUUUUACAGAAAGAUGUUUUAAUAUAAGAAUUCACAAAUUCAAUUAAAAUAAACUGUAAUAUAUGAAU